CUACCCACGUGGAGUCAUCAUGCAUCGUCCAAGACCUCCUUAUGUCUUUGAGCAUCCUUCUUUUGGCCCUCGUCUGUCUCCUGCUUCACCUUAUCACUUUAGAGGUCAUAAUCUUCAUCAUCCUCCUCCACAAGAUCUUUGGUGGGGCCAUCCAUACCACCAGCAGUUCUCAGCUCCUCCUCCUCCCUAUUGUCCCCCUCCUCUCCCUCCCCCUCCUCCUUCUCUUUUCAAUGGUGCUAGAGGGCAAUGGGGAGGAGUGGGUAAAGGAACUGUUGAUAAAAAAGUCCCACACUUGUUUUCAUGUCAAGCUUGUAAUCGCGAGUAUAAAUCUCAAGAAACGUACCAGGAACAUGUACAGGGACACGUCAAAUGUUCACAAUGUGACUUUAAUGCUUUACCAAAGGUUGUCAAGGAGCACUCUGUGGUUCAUUUUCUACCUGAUUUUUUGAAAUUCACUACUCCCGAGGACACUCAGAGAUGGCGAAACGAGAGGAAGAAGAAUUAUCCCACAAUUUCAAACGUUGCCAAGAAAAAGCAGCAAGACCUUGAAAGAAAAGACAGAAGACAAGUCCUUGAUACUCCACUCUAUAGAUAUGUUAGCAAAUUACUGGGAGAACCUGGUCCGUCUUUUCAGGGUAAGUGUGGUGGUCAGAAUUGGAAGAGAGGAUCAGGAAAAGGAAAGUGGCAAGCAACAAAUAAACGUAAAAUGAAUUUCCAGUCUGAGUCUGGAGCAGAUAUAGAAGGAACAGCAAUGGAAAGUAAAGAAUUAGGUGAGAAAUGUAACAAGUCCCGUAGAUUGGACUCAAACAGAAAAACAAAGAAUCACUUGACAAGCACUGAUGUAGCACAUUGCCAGCCUACACUCCUUCAAAUGCUUUUGCGCGAUGAGAUUAGGCAUGAACACAACACUAUCCUUCAGUGUGUCCAUUACAUUGUCAAUCAUAACUUUUGGGAUGAAGCUUUCACAGAAGAAGAGGAUCAUCAAAUUUGAAUUACUGACCAAUUUUCUGUUUGUCUCCACUGAUUCUAAUUACAUUUUGGCACCUGGUAAUAAUGAUCAUUAAUUAUUAUAAUACAAGUAUCAGUUAUCAAUAAUUAUUGUAAAAAUAAAUUAGUAUCUUUCAAGACGUGGAGUUGUACAACAAUGAAAA